AUGUUUGGUAAUAACAAAGCGCCUGGUUCGUUAUUCGGCAACGCGAACACCUCAACACCUACAACUUCUACACCAGCGAACAAUGGGGUUUUGAAUGGAAAACCCAAUACUGGCACAUUGUUUAGUGCUAAUACACUCUCCACGCCGAGCCCUGGAAACCCAACAGGAUUUGGCAAUGCUCAGAACAACAACAACAAGCCUGGGUUGAAUCUUUUUGGAAACAACAAUGCUUCCCAGAAUACACCACAGACGAAUUCUCUAUUCCAGCCUAAUAACGCCGCUGCAUCAACGCCCAACACAUCAUUAUUUUCUGGCCCAGGGUCGAAUGCCCAGCAGAACAAUGGUGCUGGCAAGCUAUUCGGAAAUUCUGGUGGACAACAGACAGCUACUGGUAUCUCAUUCGGAAAUAACCCCAGUGCGACAACAAACAAUACGUUCCAAUCAAACGGAUUAAAUACGCAACAGAGUGGUGGUUUAUUUGGUAAUAAAUCAAACAAUGGUGGGUCACUUUUCGGAAAUACUCCAUCGCAAACUAAUAGUCUAUUUUCUAAUAAUACCACGAACACGGCGUCAACAGUCCCAAAGACUUCACUGUUUGGAAAUUCAUCAACACAAGGUUCAGGGAGCUUAUUCUCGUCCAGCAAACCAACUACAAAUUCAACAGGCUUGUUCAAUGUUUCUCAACUACAACAGCCACAGCAACCUGGCCAACCCCCAACGAACAACCCAUACGGUUUGCAAUUAAGUCCAAAUCCUGUGCUGUCAAUGCCAGAAUCUAUUACUACAUCCCUGAGUAACGAGAGAAAGCCUGUCUCAGACUCGAAACAAAAUAGAAAAUUUUCAACUGCAUCAUCAGUGAUCAGCAACAAUAUAUUACCUCCCACAGGCAAUUCAACACUGAUAGGGAAGCUAACUUCAAGACUUAAGAAUUUGAAGAGCAGAGAAACAACACAUGGUUUGUUCUCCCCAUCAAAUAAAAACUUAGCCCAACAGGAUACUUUCUCGGCACUUUCAAGAGAUGAGAGUAAGGAAAAAGGGAAGAAUAUUAACAAUAAGACAAACUCACUGGCUUCUUAUUUUAACCAGGACGUUUCAAGCAUGAAAAAAUUAACCAUUGAUACAGACAGAAGCGCUGCCAAAAAGAUGAAACUCUUUAACGGUCACUCUUCCGCUACCAUAAUGAAAGAUAUGGACGAGAAAGAUCAUAAGAUUAGUAUACCAAGGAAUGAUAAACUUCUUUUUUCAGCACAUCCUUCAGAAACUAGUCCAACAGAGCCAACUUCGGAAGUCUGUCUGGAUGAAGAACACAAAAUAACGAAUAAAGCAACUGACUAUUGGUGCUCACCUACUAUCGAACAAUUAGAGCAACUUACGGAAAACCAGCUCACGGUUGUGCCCAAUUUUGUGAUUGGUCGCAAAAACUUUGGUUCCAUCAGUUUUGACUAUGAAGUUGACUUAACUGCAUUUAUGGAUGAUUUUGAAGAACUAUUCGGAAGAACAAUAAUUUUUAAUGAGAAUAGAACCGUGGAAGUCUAUCCUGAUACCGAAAAUAAACCGGAUGUUGGUUAUGGUGUCAAUGUACCUGCUACAAUAACUUUGGAAAAUGUUUAUCCGAUCGAUAAAAAAACAAAAGAACCCAUUAAAGACAACUCGAAAAUUGCUGAAGUUCAAUAUUUUGUCAAGCGUUUAAGGAAUAUGAAAGAAAUGGAAUUCAUUUCAUAUAACCCAUUUGGUGGAAUUUGGACUUUUAGAGUUAAACAUUUCAGUGUUUGGGGAAUGGUCAAUGAAGAAGAUAUGGAGGUGGAUGCUGAAGAAGCAGAAAGAAUAAACGCCGAGGAAAUAAGAGACAGACCUCUGGCCUUUCCCAAGCGUCGCCACAGUGUGAAGAAGUCUAGCACGUCCCUUGAAGCGGAGGUACCAAGCAAUGCAGACCUCACAGCAGCAGAGGCUCUUGCAAUGGAGAAAGAAGUACUAGAUUUGGUUCCAGUACUAUCCGACUCUGUUGACCAAGACAUGUCACUUAUUAUCAAGGAAAAACCUUACGAACCUUCUGAUUUAGACGAAGAUGAUUUGAAUAUCCUCGAGGCUGCACCUAAACUUGUUACAUCAUCGAACUGGUUGCAACAAUUACAAUUAGCAGGUACUUCCAAACAGUCUGUGUAUUCCAAGCCACUUUUACUCAAAAACACGCAAGGUAAUUCUUUGGACGAUAUCUUGUUCCCUUCAUUUAAGAAAGAUUUAUUGACAUACCAAUCUGUUAAAAGAGAAAGAAGAAUCAACUCACAUAUGUGGUUUGCGAAGUUUAAUAUUAACGGGCAAUUAUUGCUCAAAGAUCCAUCACAGUUGUCAGGCUGUAAGCAGAUCGUGUUUCAGUCCAACUUGCCAAUAAAUAAAUCUUCUUUUGACAAUGUGUUCGCCUCUUAUCUGAACACAUCCAUAGUCAACUCCAGACCAAAUGGUUAUCCUCUUGUUGGGAAAUGUUCCUUACAGUUCGAUAAUCUUGCUUCUGCAUAUUCUGAUGUCCCAAAUGAAGACAAAAUAUUGAAGUUAGCAUCCAUUUUGUUUGAUCCUCUUUCCCUUCCAUACGCUGUCAAUUCCCCAGAAGUUGAAAAAGUUCUUAUUAAAAAACAACGGCAUGCAAAGCUCUGUGGAUGGAUAGUCGAUGAAACAAGGGCUGAGAUUGAUUCUAUGCUAUCCACUGCUUCUGAUAUUCAGAAAAUACUUCUUUUCCUCUCUGUCAACGACAUUGUAAAUGCUUCAAAGACGGCUAUAAUUUCCAAAAACAAACAUUUAUCUGUUUUGAUAACGUUACUGGGGUCCAAUGAUCCAAUUGUUCGUGAAAUCGCGCAACUACAGUUAACUAAAUGGAAAUCUUUAGGCUCUAUAGUGGAUCCAACAGUCAUUAGUAUCUAUCAACUACUCACUGGCAAUCCUUUCGCUUCUACUGCGUUGGUAAAUGAGAGUAACAAGUUUUCGCGGUUAGUGAAUUUAGGUUUACAAGUAUAUUAUGGAGAUAUCGAUUCAUUGACUCUAGAAGAUUUGAUUAUGAAUGCUAUAUCAAAUCCAUUUGUUGAUACAUCGUCUGUUUCAACUUUUGAAAACUUGUCAAUGAAUAUUAUGAAGUUAUUUGCUUGCCCAACUAUCCCAGUUGAGCAACUUUUAGAUGAAUUGAGAUCGCAUUCGGAGAUAUUCGAUGUUCGGCUCUGUUGGUUCUUUACGCAUAUGUUACAAAGAGAAGAUAUUACUGAACAUUUGCGUGACAGAAUCACGUUAGAGUUCAUUGAUCAACUAAAGCUUGACAGAAUGCAUAAGGAAGCUUUAUUCGUGGCAUGUUUCAUUGCCGAUGAUGCUAUCGCCAAGAAUACCAUAGAUUUGUUGCUAAGCUCAGAAAUUUUGUAUUUCACCUCCAAUGAUAUUAAACCAAUUUUGGAAAGAUUACAGAUUUCAGCUCCAAUAAUCCAUCGUCAUCUGGCACUAUACGAGAAGUACUCUGGCGACCAUCUUUCCGAAGUAAGUAAUUUGUUGAAAGCAGGCGACUUUAAGGAGGCGGAACUAGUCACCAUUACUACCGUAGGUCCAAAGUUAAUAAUCAAUGCCAAAUGGAAUAACGAUUACUUAUCAGUUUUGGAAACACUGUUGCAAAGGUUUCCUUCGCACACCAUCCCAACUUGGGAAAAAGGAUUGGGUGUAUAUGAAAAGUACAUCAAGCUCUCACUACACAACUCCCUCGAUCCUAAUAUCAUCCAUCAGCUUAUCAACACAUUACCCAACCUAUGCAAAGACUAUUCACAUCAUGAAUUAGUGAACGUUGCAAGCUCUCGUAUCUCUGAGGCUGUCAGUGAAUUGUUUUUGAUCAACCUCAACAUGUUAUCAAGAAAAAUCCCAAAAGAGAGCCUGCUUUCUUUACCAUUAGGUCAACCGGAAUCAAAUUACUUAAAGAAAGUGUUGUCCUCAUUGUGA